AUGGAUGACAAAGGUGGUAAAACAUACACAACUGAUUCUGUUUUAGAGUUCUUUAACAAGGUAUCUGCAGUGGCUGUUCAAUUAUUCUCAGAUAAAAACUUCCGAGAACAUAGACAAAGUGCACUGUUAGUUGAUACAAGGCAUUACAAAGUAGUGUUUUCUUGCAAAGCAACUUUCAAAUUCUCAUGGAUUCCAUUUGCAGUUCUAAGUUCUCCUCUGAAACUCUGUUGGUAUGUAUAUCUACAGAUUGCAACCCUGAAAGCAUUAGUGAAGUGAUGGAUUAUCCUUGUGAUACACUGUUACUGGAUGUGUGUGAAAGUACUGAAAUCCCAAAACUCUCACAUAGCAUUGACAAUUGUGUGAACGAUUUUGACACACUGUUAACUACAGAUCAGCCUAUGGAAGAUGUUGAAAGAGAAGAAAAUUGUGAAGCAAUGGAUUUCUCUAGUUGUGAAGUUCAAUGUGAUGGUAUUGUUGAUCUCAAAGACAAAAGAGAGGAUAAUUUUGUUUUUACAUAA